CUCUGGGACCUGAUUGUUUAUGUUUGUCUGUGUUAUCGGUGCCAGGCACUGUAGUGCCAGGGGAUAGCGAACCAAAAGCCAGCGGUUCGUACGCCGCUGGCUUUUGGUGGUUGUGUGAUCGACGAUACGCCGUUGUCUGUUGAGGAAUAACGCGCAGGGCAACCUGAUCAGCAACCAUGGCUCAGCCCGCACUAGAUGCCCCUGCCGGAUCCAUGCUGCCUGGCUUGAGCGCACAUGGCAAGAUUGCUGCCGAGAUGGACGACUCGGGCUUAGCUCCAGAGCCUAGAGCAUUACUACGGUCUUCUGCCAGGUCUGGCAGGAGGUAUCCGAAUGGGGAACUGGUCGCCCAAUUGGGGGACUUGCAAUUAAUCUCGGAAGUUGCUGCCCCACCGCGUGACUCCACCACACGCUCAGAGCCCAUUAGAUCAACUAGACAAAGAGACGGUCCUGAGGAGCCCGGCAGUACUGCAGACCGCACGGUUAGCCGACAGUCGGAAACCUCGAGCUCAGCAGUCUCAUCACCACGGACUGCUUCUGCCAGGCCCCACCCGCAUGGUGACACCUCUGACUCGGAGUCUGAAGACUCCGGCAAAACUUCCAAGCCCUCGAACUCGAUGCCAGGACGGUCUGCUAAUGGCAAUGCCAAGCCUUCCAAGCAGCCAGGAGGUUCUUCGAUCAAAAAGAAGCUCAAGACCGCAGGCAUUGUGGUUGGAGUAGCAGCAGUGGCAGGUGCAGCUGCAGUGGUUGCAGCACCCAUAGCUUUGGCAGCGGUCGGAUUCACUUCAUCCGGUGUGGCGGCCGGCUCGAUGGCAGCUGCCUACCAAGCAACGCUGGGAGGUGUCAUUGCCAAGGGCAGUGUGUUCGCCAUUUUGCAAAGCUGCGGAGCAGCGGGAAUACCGGCGACCGCGCAAGCCAUGGUCGCAGCAGGUGGUGCCACUGUUGGUGGAGGCAUAGCAACAGUGUCUCAAAAAUUCGCUGAUUGGAAACAAGCGAAAGAUUCAAGAAAAGGGACCGAUGGACGAGGUGGCAGCGGAGGAAUCAAUACUGGGGCCGAAGCCAAAGCCUGUAAGGGAGCCAACGGAGAAGAAGGCGCCAAGGGAACCAGAAAGGGAAGCAGACUGAAAAAUGAGAAAGACAAUUGCACAGAGAACGGCGUUGAAUCCGAUAGGAAAAAUGUGAAAUCAAGUGAUGCGGAAGGGCAGGAGACCUGUCGUCAAAAUCAGAAAAACGAGGAGGUAGCUGGGAAACAAUGAAUGCCCGAAAGUAAUGUCAUCAAUUUAGAGCGCAGUAGCAACACCAUGGCCCUGUCACUACAAAUCUAAUCUAAUUUCAGUUCAAGAAGUUUGGCUAAAAAAAUAUAUUUUUUUGCUCUCCCAUGCAGAAACCUAAUGACAUGGCCAUUUUGAAACGACACCACAAACCCAACGAGAUUAGUGUAGUAUUUGUUUGCGUUGGGACCAAAGGUUUGCCUUGACACUAGGGGCCUUCUUAUUCCAUUUGCAAUAAAUCGUGUCCUAAUAUGUUAAAACUUAGCAUAGAUAAGUAGUUAUCACUAAUUAGAGUUACCGUACGUUAUCACAGGCUUGAUUCAUCGGCUGGAUUGCUGCACCUCCAAAUCAAACAGUACAACAUUUUCAAUCUUUAAAUUAUUAGUUUUGUUACUGCUGUCUUAUCAUUCAACGGUGUUAGCUCGAUUCAGCAUAUGUCUGGCAUGCACACCCAAAAGCAUGAAAUAAUCAGCUGAAUGUAACUAAUAUUUAUUGGCGGAGUUGUGUCUCGGACACCUCACCGCGUUGGCCUGCAGUAUACAGCAGCUAGUGCCACCUAGUAGGUGAACGUCAGUCGUGAAGAGAUCUUCAGAAGACAUGGACGGCAGUGGGUGGGGGUACAUUCUAACUUCGUGUUCACGGGACAUGAACAGGCAGCUACAUCUUCAAGCUGCAGUUAGGCUGCUGUCGUUGUUCGAAUUAGCAUAUAUGUGAAACAUAAUCUUGGUAAAUAUGUAUGUGAAACAUAAUUGUUGUGUGAGAACACAACCUGUCUCUGCUUAUUUCUAUGGAAUUCAACUGGCCGCUUGUAGCUUGCUGGUCUAAAGUGAAUGAGCUUCCCGCGGCACUGUCCUUUCAUGGUGUGACCGGUGUGCAUAUGACAGCUAUAGACCUUAUGAUGUGUCAGCCGUAGAUGGCCUUGCAGUGCAAGGUACCUCAGUGACCAAUCGCAGAGGUGUACGCAGAAAUUUUUUUUUGGGGGGGGGGACACCUCUUUGAUCUGAAGUGGGCGAGCAGGCAGAUGUGGUCGAGUGUAAUUUCUUGAUCUGUACACCAUGGCAGAAAAAUUUCCGGGUGAGCAAGGGCCCGGUGUGCCAUCCCCUGGCUACGCCACUGACCAUUCGUGCCUUGUUCAG